UCACGCCAGCCCAGCUCCGUAACCAGAUUAGGAGCUUGUGGGCCGUCUUCUUGCGCGACUCGAGGCGUUUUCGCGAGCUCGCAUCCUCUUCUGGAGAAGCCCGCGGUUUUUCGUCAUCUUUUCCGGUCAAAGUCAUUCCCUAACGACCGCUCCAGUUAUGGCGGCGACGAGUCGCGUGGUACCGAUCCAGUGCGCGUCUUCGCUACAGGCGAGAUCGACCCUCGGCCGGCAACGGACGACAGCGUCCGUCUCGCCGUCCAAUGCGGGCAGCAAGUCACGCGUGCGAAGCAUUCAGCCUGGCCUCGCGCGAAUUAGCGGGGCACGGAUAGCCCCUGGGCGGACAUCCGCGCACAGAACAGCUGCCCCAUCCGCGGAGGCGGGUUGGCGCGGGGGGCUGGUAGUGGUGCGCGCGGUGGGGGAUCACCUGCUAGCGCCGCUGCCAUACCAGCUGGACGCCUUAGAGCCGCACAUCUCACGCUCGUCGCUCGAAGCCCACUGGUCGGGCCACCACGGGCGCCAGCUGGCGGCGCUGAACCGCCAGCUGGAUGCUGACCUGGCGCUGAAGCGGCUGCCGCUGGAGGAGCUGGUGAAGGUGGCUUAUAACGGGGGGAACCCCCUUCCCUGCUUCAACCUGGCUGCUGAGGCGUGGAGCCACGAGUUCUUCUUUUCUGGUAUGCAGCCGGCAGACGAGGCGGAGGGGAGGGAGGAGGGCAACCGGCCGGAUGGGGAGGUGCUGCGGCUGGUGGAGCGGGACUUUGGGUCGUUUGAGGGGUUUGAGAGGGAGUUCCGACAGGCGUGUGCUUCUUCGUUUGGCUCGGGAUACGUGUGGCUCUCAGCCAAGGUGGACACAGUGGUUCCCGAGGAGUGGCUUGCAGACAUGCGAGUGCCCAACGCCUAUCGUCUGCAGGUGGCUCACUUACGAGUCGAGAGCACGGUGAAUGCUUUCAACCCGAUUGUCUUCGAUCGCAUUCCUCUGGCAGUGAUCGACUUGUGGGAGCAUGCCUACCUCUCAGACUAUCCCGAUAGCAGGUCAGCUUAUAUCGAGGCGUUCCUGCAGCACCUGCUGUCGUGGGACGCAGUGGCGGCGCGCGUGGAGAGAGCCAAGUCGCUCACCAACUUCUGGGAAAUGCCCGCUCCGCCCGAUGCCUUCAUCCGCCCAGGGUUCGUUGCUGACCGUCCGAUUCCCCUCGACGCUCUCAAAGGCAUCAAGUGACCGCUACUGGUAGUUGUGGCAAUCAUGAUAGACAUUGGCAAAGUUAUGCAUAUGAUUGAACCGGGAUGUAUUUGUAGUAUUGUCGGUGUCAGUAAAUAAAUCUUCCAAUUAUUGACGAAGUGUGAUGUCGACCACUUUGCAUGGUGGAAUGGAAGGUUG